UCCGCAUGCUGAUCGUGCCAAUCCGUCUGCUAUAAUAAAUCCAGCAUAAUGCAUUGAGUCGCCACUUGCCCGUUGUCCGAGCUAAUCUUCCAGAGAUCCCGACCGUUUUUAUGGGAAUACAAAAAAAACGUAAAAAAGAAACCAUUCAAAUGAGCUAGACCACAAUGUGUCACCAUGGCUGCCCAACUCCAUUCCCCAGGGUAUAAAUAGAGGAGAACUGCGUAGAAAUACGACCAGAACUAAAAGUAAUUCCAAAUAGAAGCAAGAUGAGAGCCUGGAAUUCCUAUUUGACAAUCAUCAUUUUGCUGAUCACCUGCUGUCUGGAUUGGACUGGUGCUCUAUUCUUCAAAUCCUGGAAGUCGGGAAAAGGAUAUGGUGCAGUUCAAAACUACGGAAAUAAUCAAUAUGGUCGAGUUCAAAACUAUGGGUAUAAUGGCUAUGGAAAUUACGGCUAUGGCUAUGGAGGCUAUGCUGGAGGAUACGGCUAUAACUAUCCAAAUUACCCUUCGUAUUCGUCGUACUCUCACUCAAACGGCAGACGAAAGCCAUCCGGAAACCGUCAAGGGCGUACCUAUUCGCAAAUUGCGAGAGUCAUUAACCCCGCUCCCUAUGUGGGUCCUGGAGGUAGUAAGUUCCUUCCACAUACUAAGUUUUCGGCUCUCUGGGGUUGAGCCUUUUCUUAUCUAAAAUCCCAUUGUCAGCAGUAUUAAACAUUAAAUAAACUCAGCGAAAGUUACAUCUAUCAACAAGUGGUUUAAUUAUUUUAAGCUCUAUCAAUCCGCUACUUGUAUACGUGUAUAUUAGUCUACGAUCAAAAGAUUUAUGAUCACUGGCCCGCAUUUACGGAGCGAACGCGUGCAAUGGAUCGCUGCGACGUGAUAUACAUAAAUUGAAAUGAAAUGGAGGCGCGACACUACUUAAGGGAAAUACACAUAUGGGGAUUACUCCGAUCUCCCGGUUAUUGGGAUAGUGGG